GCACGCGAAGAUUCCUCGACUCGAGAGCUUGCAAGCCCAAAGUUGGGCUCCGCACCGCUCACACACAGCAGUGCUAUUGCGCUGUGAAUUAGCAAUCAACGAGUCGAAGAAGAUGGCUGCCCUCGCGCGCAGAGAGCAAUUGGCUGCCCUCGCGCGCAGCGAGCACGAGCGUGCUGCCAGGAGCCUGCCGGCCGCAGCGCUGCCCCAACGAGCGUUCAGUGAGAACACGACCAAACGCGGUAUCGCCGCGUUCGUCCGCACGCGCAUCCGCGAGUUCGAGGCGGCGCGCGAGUGCGUCGUAAUUCUGGCCGCGUGUCUCGGCGUCCUCUUCUUCGAGUCGCGGCGAUGGCGUUCUGCUCGAUGGCGUGGCGAAUGAGCGGGAUCUCACGAAACACACAAGAAAAUCACAAAAACAAAAAAAACAGGCCGAGAAGUCGUCGCACACGAUGCGCGUCGCGAACGCCGACUCGGACUGGGACAUCCACUGCUUCUACCUACCGCGCGACCCGGCGGCGGCCUGGUGCGGGGUGAGCGAACGGCAUAACUUCGAGAAGCAGGUGUACGGCCCGCGGCGCACGGGCGCGCCCGCGGACGAGCCCGACGUCGAGCUCGGGUUCCACGACGCGCUGCGCGUGGCGAGGCUGGUCGCGAAGGGCGACCAGAUGACGUUGGAAAUCUUGCUGUCGCGCCCCGUGUACGCCAUCGCUGAAGAAAACGUCGCGUCGAUGGCGUGAAAACACACAGGUCGCCCCUGGCGUACGUCGAGGAGGCGCCGUGCGUCGCCGAGCUCCGGUACCUCGCGGUGCGGCGCACGUUCGGCUGGCGGGGCGCGGCGGCGGCGUACGCGAAGAGCGCCGGCGGCUUCCUGAACAGCGCCGCGAAGAGCGCCGAGAAGCUCGGCUUGGCGUCGGGCAAGGCCGGCAAGCAGCUGGGCUACGCGCUCCACCGCACGCUGUCGGCGGAGUGGCUGCUCCGCGAGCGCGACGUCGUCGGCCUGCCCCAGGGCCUCCCGGAGCUGCUCGACGGCGCGAUCAGGGCAAGCGCGUUGCGCGACCUGCCCGCCGUGCCGGCGCCGCUCGUGGCGCUCGCGCGGCGCCUCGCCGACGGCCUCCGCGGCGACGCGGCCGUGGGGUCGAAGGAUGAGUUCGCGGCGCACCUCGCGGCCCUCCGGUCGCGCCUCGACGUGCUCGUCCCCCUUUCCCGGGACCUCGCGCGCGACGCGCCCGGCCCCGAGGGCGGCGAGAAGUCCGUCGCGCUAGACGUCGUGCGGGAGCUCGACGCGUGGACGCGCGCGCGCCUCGUCGAGGGCCUUCGUGCUGUCCCUGUGUAAGCUUCGGUUUUGA